UCGGCUGACCUCGUAUCAACGUCUGGAUGCAAAUCAGUCGCACUUGCCAUUGAGCAUAAGCAAAAAUAUACCUGCUAAGGAGGCGUACACGUGCUGCAUAGCAUCACCGUCAGGUGAGCUCCGAGAAAGGAAGGCAUGAGCUUGCCAGCUCGUGACCGAUCAGGUGACCAGCAGGUUGGGUUCUCUUUGUUGCCAAGCGAGUCUCACUCUACAGUCUUCUCAAGUCAGUCACUGAACUCUACGCCAAGCAUCGCGUUUGCAGUCAGCAUGGCGGCCAUGAUGCCUUUCAAUACAGACACUCACCUUGACAUGAGCGGCUUCCGCAGUGACUUCGCCUCCUCGAGAUUCGCCGACAUCAUUAUACUCUACUGUGGCCAUCAGCUGCCAGCGCACAGGAUCGUGCUGGUGAAAGGGAGCGAAUGGUUCCGUCGUGCUCUUGCAGGCGACUUCUGUGAAGCUGGGGCGACCAAGAUCGAGUUAAAAGACGAUUGCAACCUUCAAGCCACGUACAAGAUGAUCUUGGUCCUCUAGGGUCAUAACGGCUACGAUGUCAGUGAAGUGACCUGCACCGAUGAAGGAGCCAAAAGGGUCACGGAGAUUGUCGAUCUCUACGCGAUGGCAUAGAAGUAUAUGAUGCCCGCCAUCUACUCACGCAUAGCCAACGACUUCCCUAUGCUCCUUGAGGUCUUCAC